GGCAGCCCGAGGCGGGCUGGGAGAGGCUCUCCUCGCGAGAUCGGGGCGGCUAUAAAGCGGGCGGUGCGGGGGGAGCUGCCGCAGUUUGAGUCGGCCGGGUGCUGUAGUGAGGGUGCGCGCUGCGAGGAGGCGCUUUGUAUUAAAUCAAGAUGUCUUCGGGAAACGCUUUCAUUGGAAAACCAGCCCCUGACUUUACUGCCACAGCUGUGAUGCCAGAUGGACAGUUCAAAGAUGUCAAACUUUCUGACUAUAGAGGAAAAUAUGUUGUGUUCUUCUUCUAUCCCCUGGACUUCACUUUUGUCUGUCCAACUGAAAUUAUUGCAUACAGUGACAGAGCCGAUGAAUUCAAGAAAAUUAACUGUGAAGUAAUUGGAGCUUCUGUUGACUCUCACUUUUGUCACCUUGCCUGGAUCAACACUCCAAAGAAACAGGGAGGUUUGGGUACUAUGAAAAUCCCAUUGAUUUCAGACACAAACCGUUCCAUUGCCAAACAAUAUGGGGUACUUAAAGAGGAUGAAGGUAUUGCAUACAGGGGCCUGUUCAUAAUUGAUGAGAAGGGGAUCUUGAGGCAGAUAACAAUCAAUGAUCUUCCUGUUGGCCGUUCUGUUGAUGAAACCCUCAGGCUUGUCCAGGCCUUCCAGUUUACAGAUAAGCAUGGAGAAGUGUGCCCAGCUGGCUGGAAGCCUGGCAGUGACACAAUCAAGCCUGAUGUUCACAAAAGUAAAGAGUAUUUCUCCAAGCAGAAAUAAACCUCCAGUCUGCAUGGAAACUAGUAUGCCUUAUGUAAAGAGCAAGCAUCAGUUACUGAACUUUGACUAAGUCAUUGCAUCUGAGUCGAGGGAUCAUCCUAUAGGUAUAAGCAGUAACUUUUUUUUUUUUACUUGAAGGAAAGUUUGUCCUGUUGACAGUACCUUCACAGAAAAUCUUAAUGAUCAGUAUCUGUACAUUAAGCCCUAAUGACUUUAGUGACAAUGCAGUGUAUGUGGUUAGACAUGUGUUGCAUAUAGAGCAGUGGUAUCCUUUUGUAACUCUAUUAAACUUGUGGAAAGAGCA